GCGUAGCACGCGCUGCCAGCCGGUUCAGUCCUCGCACACGAGUUCGAUCUUUCCAGAGCAGCGGCGUGACAUAUUCGGGAAGGAUGACGUCUGGUCCAAGACGCGUCGGCGCUGCGGCAGGCAGGUGGCAAGUGGACCCGAACUACUGGGACCCCAUUGCGCACCAGCACGAGCAGCCGACGCCGCACUGCCUGUUGAGGGUGAGGCGCGACAUCGCAGAGCUGCACACCGAGCCGCUCCCUGGCGUGUUCGUCGCGCCGGAGGAGACCGACCUGACCAGGAUCCACGCCGUCCUGGUUGGGCCGACCAAGACACCGUACCAGGGCGGCUUCUUUCACUUCCUGUUGAAGUGUCCUCCGGACUACCCGAUGAGCCCGCCGAGGGUGCGAAUCAUGACCACGGACGGUGGUCGGGUGAUGUUCAAUCGUCACCUCUACAACAACGGAAAGGUCUGCCUCAGCCUGUUGGGCACCUUCCUGGGAUCGUCGUGGACUCCCGCGCAAACCGUGGGCAGCGUGCUGCUGUCGGUCCAGUCGAUCAUGACCGAAGACCCUUUCGACGACCAGUGCCGCGUCGCGUCGGUGUCUCUCGUGGCCAGGGGCCAGCACCCGCUGUGCGCCACCAGGGUCACCGUGCUGCACGAGACCAUCCGGGCGGCCGUGUGCGACGUGGUCGAGAGCUGCCUGCGGGGAAACGACCCGUGGCCGACGAGCAUGAGGGAGGCCGUGCUCAGGGCGUUCGGCGACAACUACCCGCACUACGAGGACGCGUGCAAGAACAACCUCGCCGCGGACGGCAGGGAGAUGGCCGGCACCGGCACGAUCUGUCCCGACGGAAGCAAGUACGGCUUCGGGACGCUGCUGGCGCGACUGCAGAGUCUCAACGAGCGGGUCCGAGAGGAAGGGAACGCGGAUGCCGCCGGCGUCGCCACGGCAGAUGCCGCGAGUGACUGAUCCGGAGGGUUGUGUGUACCCGACGGAGCGGUAUGCAAAUUAAAUUUCAGGGGGCUCGGUGUAAAUGCGUUGCUGCGGCUAUGGUCUGUGCAUGCCCGUUCGGCGUCCGCGUCUUAUGGCGCGUGCGCGCGUCUGAGAAACCGCGCUGUAUAGUAGUAGUAAUAGGGCAAGUUGGGCGUCUCCGUUCGCGAUGAAUGCGCAGAGCGCCAGUAAGGGAACAAAGGCAACGUAGAAGACAGGACGAGCCCUCACUGACGAGUGAAAUUUUAUUAGUGAAAUCGUGUAAUAUGUACCUGCUCUGUAACAAAACAAAAUAUGUUUGAUAAGUGGGGUCAUUCCGAAAAGCUGUUUCUGUCGCCGUGAAUAAGAAGGAGAGUCGUGAAUACCAUAUGAAAGAAAAAAAAAAACGUUAAAUUGCUUGUUAUAAUAGCGCAUUCCAUUGGCUGCCUUGAGUGCAGUAAGUCGUCGUGGACGCCUUACAGAAUGUAAGGCUUGGGGACAGAGCUGCCAUCAUACUUCCCCGUCAUUUACUGCAGCAAUUUUUGUGUCGUAACUUUUGUUCUAUCUUGUCCUCGUUCCUUCUUGCGCUCUGUGCAUUCAUUACGAAUGUAAACAGCACAGUGACUUGACUGUUGUGUCCUGUCACUCAAAGGGCGACACUGUGAACU